GUGCGCAUAGAUGACCGCGGCCUGUUCGUAGUACUUCGUACCGCAGCCGGGGCCUAGCCUGAGCCUCCAUCCCUAUAAAGAGGUAUCAGCGUCGGGUGCAGGUAACAUGGCGGAUUUUUCUUACGGACGCGCUUUCCUGGCUCAGGACUAUGGGGGAAGAGUACAAGAUCCAAGCCUUUGAUGCUGAAACCCAAAAUCUUCUCAAGACUGCUUUAAAAGAGCCGUCCAAUGUAGAUCUGGAGAAGGUGGCUAGUGUGAUCGUAGAACAGUCUCUUAGAGAUGCCACGUUCAGCAAAGAGGCCGGGAAGAUGUGCUACACUAUCAUUCAGGCUGAGAGUAAAGAGUCGGGUCGCAACGUCUUCCGAUCAGCACUCUUGAACAGACUACAAACUGAAUAUCGGAACCGGGAGGAGAUAAGGGCUCGCUCCGUGCAGGAAUGGGUGUGCUACGUCAGCUUUAUCUGCAAUAUUUUUGACUAUUUGAGAAUCAAUAACAUGCCAAUGCUAGCCUUGGUUAACCCUGUAUACGACUGCCUCUUCCAGCUGACACAGCCUGACAGCUUGCAGAGAGAGGAGGAGGUGGACUGUUUGGUUCUACAAUUGCACAAGGUUGGGGAACAGCUGGAGAAGAUGAACGCCCAAAGAAUGGAUGAGCUUUUUUCUCAUUUGCGAGAUAGCUUCCUGGUCCAGGGUGGACUGGGAUCACUGGCCCAACUUCUGCUGCUCGAAAUGAUAGAAUAUCGAGCAGCAGGCUGGAAAAUGACGGAUGCCGCGCAGAAGUAUUACUACAGCGAGGUGUCGGACUGAUACCAGUGGACUGCAUCUUCUGAGGGGACACUACCAAUAGAGUUAGGAAUGCAUUGCAAUAAUUCAACCCUAUGACUCAUUUGUAUAUGUCAAUGAUCGAUCAUUCCAUAUCUGAGAAGUUUGUAUUUCCUAUGGAUUUUCCACUUUUUUAGUGUAUUUAUUACUGACUCCUCGGGCAGUCAGGGUUUUAUGUGACCUGAAUCCUUUACCUCUGAUUGCAGUGUUUUCCAUGGAGGUAGAGCAGGGUGACUGGUUCCCUUUUGCCUUUUAAUCUGGUGGUGCAAGAAUUAUGUUUUAGAAGCCUUUCUACAGCGUUCAAGAGGAGCCCAGGAACAUUCAGAAACCCUUACUACUUGGAAGGAGACUGCACAAUUAUUGAUAUUUGUCUUGACCUGAAACAAAUCUACCAGUCGGUUUCCUCCUAAAUCGAGAACUUCCUAGUGAGGCCAACUCCACACACGUGUAUCAUGUGUCAACUGGGACAACUACGGGUUUAACUGACCUGAACUCACAGCAUCCUCAACCCCUAGGAUGCUGUGAGUUCUGUAAACUCCCAGUCGGACUUUGACAUUUGUCUGGACCUGGCCUCAGACUAGGGCUACAUGGUGACACGUCAGGAAUACUGCAGUGUUACAUUUGAUGAUGUACUUGGUGCUGUGUUGUGACUUGACAAGCUGCAAAAAGUCCAUCCCUUAUUGAUCACAAGGCCAUUAUAGACCUCAAUGCAAGUCACAUGCGAUCUCAGUUUUUUUCCCACAUCCAUAUUGCAAGUGUUCUUGGUCUGAGACUUGCAGGACACACAUUGCCGCUAUGUAGGAUGUAGCCCUAGCCUAACCCUGAUGGCUGGUAGACCCUGGGAUGGACAUUUCUUCCCCGGCUCUCACGGUUUUUCCUCUUGUACUGGAUCUUUCUGGAGUGCGUGCUGUGUCAAUGAAUAAUUAAUCUGCUCUGCAUUGUCAUUUUAGAGAGAAAUCUGAUAUUUCUAUACAGAUAAGCACAGUAACAUCUGACAAUUCUGCCAUUUUGACUUUUUGUAAACUUCUGAUGUCUUCAUAGCUUUUUUUUGUAUCUCGUAUACUUUGCUGCAUAACCUUUAUUACUCCAAUAAUACAGGCCGAGGGUGCUUUUAUGAAUUUUCAUUAAAAUGGCUUUUAACAUAGAUUGUGUUAUUUCUGUAUGUAACUGUUAUAGGCACUUUAGAGCCCC